AUGGAUGACCUGAAAUCAGCCAACGCAAAUCAGCUGGCCACGUGCACUAGUAAGCAACAGGAUACGAUGAGGGAAAGCAUCCAGGCCAUCAACAUGAAAAUGAACUAUUUAGAGGGCCAGUCCAGGAGAAAUAACCUGGUUAUUGAUGGGAUGGUAGAAACUGAAAACAAAGGAUGGGCUGAGGUGGAGGAUAAGCUCCACCAAGUCCAGUCUGAGGGACACUUCUGCACCUCGGAGGCCACGGUGAGACCGCAGACCCCCAGAGACCAUACAGAGACUGUUCAGAGACCAUCCAGAGACCAUCCAGAGACCGUUCAGAGACCGUUCAGAGACCACCCAGAGACCAUUCAGAGACCAUCCAAAGACCAUUCAGAGACCAUGCAGAGACCGUUCAGAGAUCACCCAGAGACCGUCCAGACACCGUUGAGAGACCAUCCAGAGACCACCCAGAGACCAUCCAGAGACCGUUCAGAGACCAUCCAGAGACCAUUUAGAGACCAUUUAGAGCAGAGGUCCCCAACCUUUUUUGCACCACCGGUUUCAUCUGCUUCCCUCUCUGCUCAGCGACUCCCACUCGUCCUCCAUCACAACAUAUCUCUGCUUUUGUUUUUCUGUCUGCAGCCGCCGCUGCUGAGCGACGCAGCUGGAAACCGCAAGUUCAAAUGCAGCGAGUGUGGAAAAGCCUUCAAGUACAAACACCACCUGAAGGAGCAUCUUCGUAUUCACAGCGGUGAGAAGCCAUACGAGUGCUCCAACUGUAAGAAGCGGUUCUCCCACUCCGGCUCCUACAGCUCCCACAUCAGCAGCAAGAAAUGCAUCGGCUUGAUCGCCGUCAACGGACGAGUGCGCAACAGAAACAAGCCCGGCUCCUCCCCCAACUCCACGACCUCAUCGCCUGGAAGCCCCGCCCUCGCACAGCUCCGCCACAAACUGGAAAACGGGUGCCCACUCGGCCCUCUGGACCAACAGGGUCAGCUCGACGUCAAAGCCGAGCCGAUGGACUUCAACGAGUACCGGCUGCUGAUGGCCUCUCAGCACGGGUUUGGGGGUUCGGGGGUUUACCUGAACAGUCGUGGUGGAAGCCCCCUGGGCAUCCACAGCUCCUCCCAGAGCCCCCUUCAACACCUUGGAGGCUUGGGGCUGGACCUCCCCCUGCUGGGGUUCUCGGGUUCUUUCGGGAACAACCUGAGCGAGGUGCAGAAGGUGCUUCAGAUUGUGGACAAUACAGUGUGCAGGCAGAAGAUGGAUGGGAACCCAGAGGAGCUCUCCAAGCUCAGGGCCUACAUGAAGGAGCUGGGGGCCCAGAUGGAGGAGCAGAGGCUGGCCCAGGCCGGUUUCCAGCUGGUGGGCCACGGCAGCCCCACAAAGAGCAUCAUCGACUACACGCUGGAGAAGGUCAACGAGGCCAAGAGUUUGAUCGACGACUCCAAGAGGCAAGUGGACAUCAAGAAGGAGAAGCCAAACCACUCAACUGAUCUCUGCGGUGAGGAGAAGUCUCAUGAUAGCCAGAACCAGUUCCUGCCGUUCUCCUGCCAGUACUGCAAGGAGACCUUCACCGGGCCGAUCCCGCUGCAUCAACACGAGCGCUACCUGUGCAAAAUGAAUGAGGAGAUCAAAGCAGUCCUGCAGCCGACAGACAGCAGUCCUGCCAGACACAGGGGGGCGAUACCCACGGAGCUGUCUACCAACGAGCAGGCCACCAGCCCCAUCAACCCCUUUAAGGACCACGUGUCGGUGCUCAAGGCCUACUUUGCCAUGAACACUGAGCCCAACUCAGAGGAACUGCUCAAGAUUUCAAUUGCCGUCGGCCUUCCUCAAGAGUUCGUCAAGGAGUGGUUCUCCCAGUGGAAGAGCCAGAACUACCACGGAGGCGGUCUGAGGAAGAAGUCGCCCCCUCCUGACCGAGGCAGACUGGAUGUUAACCACAGCUUUAGCCGAACGCUAAUGUCCCUCCCGAUCGUAGAUUUACACCGAGGCUUCAUUAACGGUGAUGCCUCCCACAGACUCACAAAGGCCAACAAAUUUACAGGCAACCGGCACACAACAGGGGACAAACCAUUAGACCCCUUAGACCACUUAAGGAGCAACACUCCGUCACCCCUCAACCUUUCCUCUACUUCCUCCAAAAACUCUAGCUGUUACACUCCAAACAGCCUGGCUUCUGAGGAGGCCCAUGGGGAUACACCACUGGAUCUGUCGCUGCCCAAACACAUGGCCCAGAGGCUCAUGUCUGUGAGGGAGAAGCAACCCAGGUCCAACGGUUUCCUCAUAAAGCGCAAUGGCGAGGUGCUAGGACGAGAACAGGUGUCCAGGCCCAUGGAUCUGGUCAACAUCAAGAAAGAAGUCCUGUACUCUGAUGGUGGAGGGAACUCCAUCCACCAGCUG